ACAUCCUCGACGCGUCGACCGCCAUGGCCCAACCACCCAAAGAUCACCUUUCCAAUCUCGACCGGCAUGUGCAGCUGCUCGAGAGCAAGGUGAACAAGCUGCGCGCGUCUCUGACGCACUGGCAGCAAUGGUUUCUCGACUACUCGGCGCUCAAGGAAGAGGUCGAGCAGCUUCCCACUGACCCUCCUCCGCAUGAGCAGCUGCGUCGCAUCCGUCGCGAUUUCGACAGCAAGCUGCUCACGAAAAAGGAGAUCCAUGAGAUCAUGGGCAAGAAUGACCUCAGGACCACCGAGCAGAUCGUAAACACCCUCUCGCGGCGACUCGACUAUGUCGAGCAGAACAUUGGCACGCUGUCGAAGCUCCUUGAGAAAGAGGAGAACAGGCUCGCCGCCGCAUCUGUCGUCGCACAGCCGGAGCUCGGGACCGACGAGGAGAGCGGCCUCCCCUUCACCGACAUCAUCGAGGAGCUGGACGAGAACGACAAUGUCGUCAACUUCCGGCUGCAAACUGGUGCGGAUGCUGAGCCCAAGAUUGUCGACGCAUUGAAGAAGGUGGGCAUCGAAGAGAAAGACCUUGCCGCGACUGAGGCAGACUUGUCCAAGUCGGUGGAAAGGAUAGACCUCGAUGAUGCGAAAGAGGGUGAGGCCAGGGACGAGCCGGCUCCGAGUCCCGGACAGAGCACAACCGACGCCGCUCGGCAAAGCGCCCCCAGCACCGAGCCUGCCGGUCGCAAGAAGUCUGUCUCCUUCGCGGAGGAUACCAAGGCUGGCCAUGAGCCUGAGGAGCCCAAGCCUGCAGAGCCAGCGCCUACAGAGCCCACGCCUGCGCAGUCAAGGGCAGCUCAGAAUCUUGAGCGGCUCAUGCAGAAGGCCAAAGAACAGGAGGCGAUCGACUUGUCGGACGCCGUCAUCCCGGAGGACGAGUCACCAGAGGACAGCAAGCUGCGCCGCGAGAUGCUGGAAUACGGCAUGUCGGAGAUUGGCCCCGUCGUGGCCGAACUUCAGCUGGAGGAAGGCGGCUCCGACGACGAGGAUAGCUUGUGGAUCGGCUCCGAUGACGAGUUCGAGUCGGAAGUCACAGAAGAAGAUGAUGAUUCCGAGGACGAGCUCGGCCGCUCGAAACGCAGCCCGCUCACCCCGGACUACAUUAAGCGCAUGCAGGAGCUUGAGAGGCGGCUGAACGCCCAGUCCGCCUUCACGGUUGGCGCGUCAGAGACGAAGCCCAAGAAGCCGGAUGAGGGUAUUGGGCGAAUAGCGGUGGUUGACGACUCCAAAGCAGCAGCUGCCACCACGCCAGCCGCGCCGAAAGCAAAGAAGAGCGUCAGCUUCGCCUCGAAGCUGGAUAUUGCCCCGGACACUGCAUCUCGGCCGACACCAGAUGCCAGGCCCAGGGAGCGCAAAACUGUGCAGGUCGGCGAUGUCGUGGAGAAGACGACCCCGGAAGAGACGCCCAAGGACCCGGACGAGCCGCCGAAGCGCGUGUCUAGGUUCAAAAAGGAGCGAGCGGCCGCCUCGUCUCGUUCACGCGGCGGACUUCCUCCCGGACCACAACACCUUCCCGCCAACUUUGGCGCGGCCAACCCCAGUAGUGUCCCAGAUGAACCCCAUCCACCGGAAGACGUCCCCCUGGCCCCGACGGUUGUUGAGCGACCUACCGUGCCAAACCCGACGGAGCCAGAUGACUUGGACGAUGCUCUUCUAUACCAAGCAGCCGCGGUUGAGUACAACCGUUUGCGGAACAAGCUAAUCCAAAAACAGGGCGGUGUUAUGCAGCAAGACGGAGCCAUUGACAGUGAGACGGGUCAGGUUCCCCUCGACGAGGAAUUGGGCGGACCCAAGCGGAUGAGCAAGUUCAAAGCCGCCCGGUUGGCCAAGCUGCAAUAGCCCGAAAGGUCCAGAGCCAGAGGCUGUACUAUAGUCGACGUAAAUCGCGCUAUACCAGCGUUUCCGUCCCUAGAUCGUGCAGUGAUCACUUUGUGUGGAUCACGCCUUUUCCUUUUCCUGCCUUUUUCUUUCUCUUUCUCUCUCUCUCUCUGUGUUCAACUAACCCAGC